CUCAAGAAGAAGCGCGCAGGCGCUGAGGACUGUCGUCUGUCCUCCUCCCGUGGGACAUUUACACAUGUUUACCUGCACAAGUUCACUUUAAUGUUGUAGACUCCUGCAUUCUGGGCGCUCUGGACACUUUGGAGACAUCUGGGGCGCGUCGUGCGUAAAAGUGGUGCGUAAAAGCUUUGGAGGCCAAGUUUUUCACCAAUUUUGAUUCAAACAGGCAGCAGCAUCACACGCGAGGCACUGUGGACAUAAACAGAAUCUCACAGUGAAGGAGGAGCCCGAAGGAACCCGGGGAUCAGCGGGAGGAGCUCGGAGCUGUGGCCCGGAGGAGGGAUGCUGGCCGCGGACUCGCUGCAGGCCGCGGACUCUCUGCCCCCUGUGGACCCCGUGGACUCGCUGCUGUCUCCCGUGGACGCCGCGGACUCGCUGCUGCCACCCGUGGCGCAGGAGCAGGUGGUGGAGUGUGGACCGAAUAAACUCGGGGACAUUUUCACAUUCGUGUCUCAGGGCAGUUUCUCUGACGCGGUGCCGCCGCUGCGUAAAAAGAACCUCAAGAGAUACGCGCGAAAGUUUAUUAUAGAAGGUGGAAAGUUGUUUUAUGUUGGAGUGAAGCGUGAGGAGAAACGUGAGGUGGUCAUCGAUCCAGAAAGGAAGAGGCAGAUCUUCCUGGAGUGUCACUUCAAUGACGUGGGAGGGCAUCUGGGCCAAAAGAAGACGGUGCACCGGAUCCAGAGCCGCUACUACUGGCUCGGCAUCAUCAGGGAUGUGGUGGACUGGAUUAAAGUUUGUGAGACGUGUCGCGGAGCCGAGAGGAGCAAGAGCCAGAGCCGAGCUGUGAGAGCGCCUCGUAUGGCCACUCCCUGGGACUGCGUUUCCGCCCUCAUCCUAGGUCCAUUCCCGCUCUCUCCUGGGGGAAACUCUCAUGUUCUCGUCGUCUUGGAUCACUUCAGUAAAUGGCCUGAAGCUUUUCCUCUGCAGACACCGGACCCGGAGUGUGUUGCCCGCGGCCUGUCCUCCUGCGUCUACAGGUUUGGAGCUCCUAAAAUCAUCGCCCUCACCCAGAGCCCAGACUUCUGCUCCCAGGUGACCCGUGAACUGAGGGAGAAGUGGAGCCUCCCCCUGACCAUCUCCUCGGUGGACCAGCCCCUCGACUGUAGUGCCCCCGCUCUGAGACACACGGUACUGCAGCUGGUGGAGGACAGGCAGGAGCAGUGGGAAGGGCAUCUGGAGCAGACACUGUUUGAACUGAGGACAAACAUGGACCAAAACACCAAAUACAGCCCCUUCAGUCUGCUGUUCAGCCGGAUGCCCUCCCGCAGCGCACAGAGUUCUGAUCAGAGUCAAGAAAAGUCCUGUCCACAUCUGAGAGCCAUCCAGGAGCAUCAGGAGGCCCUCAGACAUAAGGUUGUGGAGAACAUGAACGUGUCGCACAAACAGGAGAAGAGGAAAAACUCCAAACAGAAAUCUCACAAAAUCAGAAUCACUUCAAACUCUUUUUUUAACGGCUCAAAUUCGGCCGAUGACCUGGUGAAGAAGCACCGCUCCGGUUUGUACUUCCCCGAGGACAGCGCCCCCUCCAGGCCACACAAACCCGACCUGGACUUCCACCUGCAGACUGUGCAGUGACACAUCUACAUUUCAGCUGCAGUUAUUUAUUAAGAGGUUUGUUCUAGAUUUGUACAGAAUGUAAAUAAAGACGUGACCCUGCCUUUAAAAAUCAGCCUGUUGUGUCUCUAUGGUUCUCGUCUGUGACCCUGUGGAUCAUUAUGUCAUAAUAAAACAUUUUAAAUUACAAUAUUCAUCUAAAACGACUUCAUAAAAGAAACAAAUCCGCUGACUUCCACGUCUGAAAACCGCGGUGUCCAAUGGAGCUGACGUCACCGUAAACGUCAUCACUGCCUCUGCAGUGUGGAGACAAAACAACUUCAGCUAAACUCAGACAAGACUGAAAUCAGAGUCUUUGGCCACAGAAACAUAGAGAGACUGGAACUGAAACCUUCAAAUCAGGCUAGAAAUGUAGAGGUAAUAAUGGACUCAGACUUGAACUUUAACAGCCACAUCAAAUCAAUAACAUCUGCAGCUUUUUACCACCUAAAAAAGAUUCAUAAAAAUCAAAGGUAUACUGUCGAAGCCAGACUUAGAGAGACUUAUCCUGCGUUUGUCUCCAGUAGGUUAGACGACUGUAACGUCCUGCUCACUGGCCUCUCCAAACAAGCCUUAAGACAGAGCAGUCCAUCCAGAACAUCCAGAACACUGCUGCUCGGGUCAGGACUAGAACCAGGAAGUACGAGCACAUAAGUCCUGUGCUCAGGUCUCUGGCUCCUGUGGCUCAGAGACUUUAAAGCAGCUCUGAUUGUGAACAAGUCUCUACAUGGACCAGCACCAAAGAACAUCUCCGACAUGUUAGUGCCACAUGAACCAUCUCACACUCUGAGGACUUCAGGGACUGACCUCCUGCUGGUCCCACAGUCAGGACUAAACAUGGAGAAUCAGUGUUUCAGUUUUAUGCAGCUAAAACCUGGAACAUUCUUCCUGAAGAUGUGACACAGGCCUCUACUUUGACAAUGUUUAAAUCCAGG